ACAACCUUUGUCUCAGAUGAAGUAAAAAACAUAGUUAAAGAGAGUAUUGAAAGCAUCAUUGGUUCUAGUUCCUAUUCACACAGUAAGGUACAACAGUGGACUUCAUCCGUGAUUGAACAAUGCCUCAGUCAGUUGACUAAACUUGGAAAGCCUUUUAAGUACAUCGGUAUGUCUGAUGAAAUUAUGUUUCAACCUUUUUCAGUCACCUGUGUAAUCAUGCAGAAAAGUGGAGCUGGACUACAUACUGCAAGUUCUUGCUAUUGGGAUAGUUCUACUGACGGUGUUCACUGUCUCCCUGUUACGGUCGAGGGUGAGGAGUCUGCUCCCCCUCUCGAAAUGCUUUCAUAUGACCACGUGUAUACAGCCAAUGACAGAGGACGAAAAACUGGGUUAGUGGAUAUGGAGGAUCCACCUAAAAGAGCUGGAAAACCCUGUUUUCAAACCAAUGGUGUACGGAGUUGUACAGUAAAAUGGGAAAACAAGUCUAUGUAUUUCAUUGUUACAGUGUUUGGCUUAGCGAUAUAAUCCUUUUCGACCAACGAAAUAGUUUUAAAACAAUUAAUCAGAUUGUAUGAAGACCGUCUGCGUUCUAAACAACUUGUGAGCAUUCGUUUUUUGGGUUUGAACGUGGUAUCUGGACUUUAUCUUUGUUGAUGCAGUUUACUUUACUUCCGUAUCUUCACCGCUCAGCUGAGUUAUUACGUUGAAUAAACAGAUCAUGUAUCAUGAUUAUUUCUCUGUAAUUGUUAUACAUCCAUUCACAUCACUACUUUAUGUAUUAAUAGGGCACAAGUUAUAACAAAUUUAAAGACGUGUUAAGUAAUAACAACACUCCGUGACUUUCAGUUAGUAUUGUAACAAAAGCAUAUCGCCUGAUUUGUGAUAUUCAGAGUAUUUUUUGCAG